UACAUUGGAAGGGCGCUAUUGGAGUGAUUGAUACGAGAUCGUCUCUUUGUUAUAGUCGUAGGGUCGGUCAAGAUCGGAGGGGUACUCCGACUUAGAUGUAUACGUAGACGGUAAAGUUCGUGGCUUAUGACUGUACGAUUAUUACUGUAUACAUCAAUCUCGAGCUUUCUUACCAAAACAUCGAUAUUCCGGAUCUAGCAUCCUCCCUCAAUAGACAAUCGAUGGGAAGAUAAUUACAGAAUGCGACAUCCUACGUGACAAUUGCCCGACACUCCUCGCCGAUAAUGUCGUCCAAGAAAUUCAACGCUUUCCCGGACGUUGAGGCGAAGCUUCAAAAGCCUUCGAAACAAUCCGCGUUCGAAAAACAAAAGGCCGAGGCCGAGGCCAAGCGCAAGAGGGAAGCUGCCGAAACUGCCGCCGUAUAUGAAAGUUUUGUCAAGAGUUUCGAUCACGAUGAAGACGAAGACGAUAACGGUACCGUAUCCAACCAACAAAACGCGUUCGGUGCGCGUCAGCAAGGCGGCGCUUUCGGUCGAGAUGGAGGUAGAGUACCACCGCCUAAAAGACAUUUCGGUGCUGGACCUGGAGGUUCUUCAAAUUCGAAGAGUGGACCUGGAUCUUUGGGACCUCCGCCCACAGCCUUCAACAAUAGGAGGAAGUAUGAUAGUCCCCAGCAGUUUAAUAGGAAGCCAGCAGAUGAUACUCGGGGUCGACUUGGAUUUCACGAUGACGACAGUAGCGAUGGUGGUCACGCGCCGAAAUCGAAAGGCUUAGCGAAAGUGUUUAAUGCGAGCGACGACGAAAGCGACACGAGAGCAAGGGAUUUAGCAGAGCAGAGGGCUAUAGCGAAGCCUACGCUGCGCCUAGCUAAUCUACCACCAGGAACAUCGCCUGCAGUCAUCAAGGCCCUCAUACCACCGAAUUUAACGGCAGAGAAUGUCAAGAUUAUACCGGGCGCACCGGGAAGUACCGAAAGAAAGUCGAUUGCCGCAAUUGUUACAUUGUCCAAGGAGACACCCGCGACCGACAUCGAUACCGCAGUCAGUUCCUUACAGAAUCGAUAUCUUGGUUAUGGUUUCUAUCUGUCGCUACAUAGGCAUCUAUCAUCUGCCGUAGCAUCCACAGCGACAUCGAAUCUCGUAUCCUCGUCCACGUCCCAACCCUUCGGCGCAAAACCCGUCCCACAAGCUAAUGAUAAUAAUAAUCCCCACCACCAAGGUGGAUUUCAUCGCGGCUUUGCUCCCCCAUCAUCUUAUAGUUCAGGCGGAGGCCCAGUGAAUCGAACUAUCUUACACGUCCCGGUCCAAGCACCAAGAGAUAUAAAGCAACUUCAAUUAAUCCACAAAGUUGUCGAAUCGGUAAUAUCGCAUGGCCCAGAGUUCGAAGCACUAUUGAUGUCGCGACCCGAUGUACAGAAAGAAGAGAAAUGGGCUUGGCUUUGGGAUGCGCGUAGCGAAGGCGGGGUUUGGUAUCGGUGGCGGCUCUGGGAAGUUAUCACAGGCGCUCAGGUCAAAAAUGGACGGCAGGGAAAAUACAUACCACUCUUCGAAGGUAGUCAUGCUUGGAGAAUGCCUGAAAAGGACUUACCGUACGAAUACGCCACCGCGAUCGACGAAUUUGUGUCAGAUUCGGAGUACAAUUCAUCUGAUGAGGAAGACUAUGAUGAUGAAGGGCACAAACCCGCGGAUGGCGGCGAGAACGAAAAUAACUAUUUGAAUCCACUCGACAAGGCAAGAUUGACGCAUUUAUUGGCUCGCCUUCCUACGACGUUGACGAAAAUUCGAAAGGGUGAUAUUGCUAGAAUUACGACUUUCGCGAUUACUCACGCAAGCAGAGGAGCAGAUGAGAUAGUGGAGAUGAUUGUGGCUAACAUAACCAAGCCAUUCUCAUUGACUUCGGCAAACCCCGAACACAGCAAAGCUAGCAAGGAUGGGGAAGACUAUGGUGAAUCACAUAACUCGACACCCUUUCCUGAGGAGUCGAGUGUAAAACCGGGGGAGCUCCAAGAUACGAGUGCUGCCAGUCUUAUUGGGCUGUACGCUGUGAGCGACAUCCUCUCGUCAUCCGCAACUAGCGGCGUUCGACACGCUUGGCGCUAUCGUCAACUCUUCGAGACUUCUCUAAAAGACGGCAAAGUCUUUGAAACUUUAGGUCUCCUAUCGGAACGUCUUAACUGGGGCCGACUCAGAGCAGAUAAAUGGAAGCGAAGUGUUAAACUAGUAUUAGGGCUAUGGGAGGGUUGGUGCGCAUUCCCACAAGAGAGCCAACAGCUCUUUACAGAGACAUUUGAAAACCCACCCAGCGCAAAGAAAGAAGAACAGGUUGAUGAAGUGGCCAAGAGGGGCAAGUGGAAACCUGUCGAGGCUGGUGGUUCGGGCGCUACUCAAGGCGAAAGCAGAGGUUUCGUACCUAUAUCCGCGGUCGCGGAAACGCGAGACGAUGAAACUACGAAUAUGGAUGUUGACGACGUGGAUGGGGAGGUAAUGGAUGAAAUGAUGUCGAUUGAUGAGGAAGAUAUGGAUACCGAUAUUGAUGGUGUCCCGAUGGACGAUGAUGACGAUGGAGUGCCCAUGGACGAAGACGCUGCAGAUGUGGACCAGGAUAAAAACACCGCUGUUGACGCUCCCGAAAGUAAAGCCGGCGGAGGGCAAGAUGGCAGGAAACCCGGUAUUGAGUCCUCAUCCGAAGAGAAGCCAGCAAUUACCCACCUGCCGAGGCGGCGUAUGAGAGCUGUAGAUAUGUUCGCUGAUUCCGAUAAUUCUGAUAAUGAGAGAUGACGUCAUAACGCGACGAAAAGAAACAACACUACGCGAUCUUUACGGAGGAUUGCAUCGCAUUCGAUACGACUAAUGGCCAUAUUGGCACGUUCCGACCCUGGGAAUAAGGCAACCCAGUCUUGGCAUGUCGCGAACGUGAUCGAACACCUAGCGUUUAGCCUACCUACUCAGUGCUACGGUCCAAUAGGAGCCCCUCCGAGAAUAACCGCAGCCCUCGGUGUGUGGUAUCUUGGAGUAUAUGUUCGGGGUGCCAAUUGCUACAAGCUCGCUACGGCUGGAGCCAAAGACGCAUGAUCGAAUACAAGGCUGAGACGGGAUAUAUCUCGAUGCUACGACGACACCUGGAAAUGAUACACCUCAAGGUGUUGUCUGGGAUACCGGCGGUUUUAUAACAUCCGAUAGCCUUAUGGCAGAUAUCCUAUGGUAUAACAUCUUGAGCUAGAUAGAUAAUUGGACAAGCUUAGAG